AUGAAGCGCACGCACGUGAUCGUCCUGAUCCUCAUGCUAAUCCUCUUCUUCGCCUUCGCCUUGCUCUACUUGUACAAAACCUGCGUCACGAAAGAAGUGCGGGAAAUCAUCGCGAGUAAGGAGGAGAGGGAAGCUGCUGAGGCGGCGAAGGCGGCGGGGGCGGCGGUGUGA